AUGGGGGAGGCUUAUCUGGGGCUCGGGGAGGCGCAGCUAGCAGACGGGAAACGGGCGGCAGGGGGACCGAUGAGUCAGCCAGUGCUGACGUGGCGAGCCGUGAAACGGCUGGAAAGGGAGGCUGCCAUGUCAGCUGCUGACUCGUGCCGACUCGCAUUUGAGGCGUUCGAUGAAAUCUGCCGUGUGGGGCCCACUCUUCUCUCUGCUGACUCAUCAGGGGGUGCCCAAUCAGCCGCUGACGUCAGCAGCGGAGGAGGCGAAAGAGGAGGCAGAGGGAGGGGAGGGGGACAGGGAGGGGGGGCUGCUGACGUGGCGGAGAUGGUGCAAGGGGCGGCAGUGAAUGCAGCGAAUGCGCUGGUGGCAUGGGCAGAGGCGGUGGGGGAGGUGGAGGAGGGGGAGGAGGAGAAGGAAGAGGAGAGAGGGGAUGGAGUGUGCGAGGGUAUGGCGGUGGAUGGAAGGGAACAGCAGCAGGCACAGCAUGAGCAGGAGCGGGCGGGGCAAGGCGGAGUGAGAGCAGUGAGGGCAGUGCAGCUGGUGGGGGAGGCAGCAAGACGGUACGAGGCAGCAGCAGCAGCGGCACCCGGUGACACGGACCUGCUCUCCAACCUGGGGGACUGCGCUGUCAAGACUGCCGAGCUCCUGUGUCCAGAGCGGCCAGUGGGCGAGGGGGCGGUGGCAGCAUGGGCGGGGGCGUGGGGGCAGUACGAGAGGGGCAUGGGGGCGUACGCUGCAGCGUGCUCGCUGUGUGAUGCACGUGUGGGGGACGAUCUGCCAGGCCUGCUGCACAACUGGGGCGUGGGGCUGCUGUCCGCUGCCCAGGUGAGGUUGCUGGGACACACACUGCCGCGCGGCUAUGCACGGCCUGGCCUGCUGCACAACUGGGGCGUGGGGGGGCUGUCUGCUGCCCAGCGCUGCCCCGAUCCUGGCCAGGAGGUUCGGCUUCUGACAGAAGCUGCGGAGAAGCUUCAACGGGCAGCCGAUUUUCAGCCCACAGAUAUCGCCUCUCGUCUGGCUCUGGGGGAGGUGCUAUCUGCGCAGGGGGAGGUGCUAUCCGCUCAGAGGGCCCAAUCAGCAUCGUCACCUGCCGCCCUACAGGAGGCCCUGCACCUGCUCUCUCUCUCUCUCUCCCGCGGGUUCUCUGCCGCCCUGCGAAUCGACUCUCGCCACCCAGAGGCGCUCCUAGGGGCGGCAGAUGUGCACCUGUCUGCCGCCCGGCUGCUUAUGGGGCGGGCGGCGGGCAGGGAGAGGGGCGGCGGUGGUGGCAGCAGGGAGGGUGGUGGAGAAGGCAUGGGUGGUGGUGAUGAGGUGGCGGCAUCGCUGCCUCAAGAGGCGGUGGACCACUUGCAGCAUGCCAUGUCAGCGUACCGUGCUGCCAUGGUGGCAAUGAAAGCCACGGAUGUCAUGUCAUAUGCGGAUCAAUGCGGUGGCCUGUACAACAUGGCGUGUGCUGCUGCGCUGGCAGGGCUGCUUGCUGAGUCAGCAGACAUUCUUGCCAGGCUGGCCGCAAUUGGUUGGCUCUCCAAGGGAGAUUUGCUGAGUGACGAGGAUUUUAGAUUUAUCAGGCAGUCCCCGGUAUACACAUGCUUGCUGUCUGGAUUAACGGUGCAAGAAUCAUUGUGA